AUGGCUGCUGACCAUAUAGUUCUUGAAAUAGCUUCUUUGAUAUGGCCUUCUAUGUAUAAACGAAUCAAUACAAUGACAAUAAAGUAUGUGCACAAUGCAUCAGCUACAAAUAAAGGUGAAAAUACUAUCCAUAUAUCAUAUGAUCCAGGUGCAGUUGAUGUAAAAGCAAUAUCAUCCAAUCGGAGAGCUAAGAAAACUGUGAAAACCAACAGGGCUAGAAGAUGA